AUGUCAUCACCAACAUCUUCAGCGUCACUUCUUCUUUGUGUAUUAGUCAAAUCUGCAACAAUACAAUCUUCAGACAACGAAUAUUAUUCUUAUGUUGUACUGAAAAUUGAUAAUGUCAAAUCAACUACAAGUGUUGUGAAAGGUCAACAACCUAAUUGGGAACAAGAAUUUUAUUUCGACGUGCCCGAUCGUUCAACAGGCCUUCAAAUAGAAUUAUGGGAACGUGGUCAAUUUCGAGAUAAAUUACUUGGAUUAUGUCAUAUAGGACAAGUUGCUCGAACGUGUAAUCCAACAAAACAUUCAAUUUUUAUUCGAACUUAUGUUGAAUUACCAUCUGAUUUAACAGAAGAAGAAUCAAGAGAAUUAACUGAAAAACUUGAAAUUCUUCGUGAAAUUCUUGAUAAAGAAGGACGUCAAUUGCAAGAUAUUACACUCAAUGAAAUCAAAUCACUUUCUACAAUGCAUCUUGAUCAACAGCCUCUUCAAUAUCAACAACUAACUAAUCAUUCUCAUUCACAUUUUUCGGAUGAUAGUGAUUACACAUCAGAUGUAUCUUAUCCGAUAAAUACUCAAGCUAAUUUAAAUUAUCCAGUAUCAUCUAUGUCCCAAUCAAAUGUAGUACUAUCAACAAAUGAGAAUGUAUCUUCAUCAAUAUCAACUAAAAAACCAUUAGCAUUUGUUCAACCACUUAUUAGAGAUUUACAUUCCAUACCAAACACAUCUCGAAGAUCAAAUCAAAAUCAAAUACAAAAUACAAUCUCAUUUAUAGAACAAGAACCACUUUCAUAUAUAAGUCAACCAAGAAAAUUACCAAUGAAUAAAAUAACAGAUUUAAAUCAAAAUGAAACGUAA